UUUUGCAGCAGCUUGUGUUCACAGCAGUUUACUGUGACUUUAACACCACCUCCUGGGUUUGCAUGCACGAAACCAUCCACAAACGAAGCCUAUAUUGCUGGCAGAAUUUGCUCCAUACAUUGCGAAUCAACAAACUACACAGCCACUCAUUUUAUCUUAUAUGUUGCUUGAAUCCCGCCAAUCGGUUCUCAGAAACGCUUUUCCGAAACCAGCUGCAGGAUGAAAAACCAGCUUUCGACCUCUCACGGACCUUGAUGUGGUCACGAGGUGUUCAAACGGUGGUGUUUUUGGUUUCUCGUUUUAUGACCUAUUGUUUUAACGGUCUUAUGCACACUUUCCCCCUUUUCUUUUAAACAUCGGGAACGCGUCCAAUAAUGAAACACAGCGCAGGUCUCUCUCUCUUUUUUAUUUAAAUUGUGCUGUUUUCUAAUUGGCCAGCAGGAACCAAACCGCGACCCAAUCAGCUCGCAAGACCAAUGGGCUGACCUCAUUAGUUUGCAUUGUUAUUAUUUCUUCCUCCCUUCGCCGCCCCCCCUCCCCUUAUUUUUCUAUCUUGAAGAAGGGAAGGGGCGAAAAAAAAAUCAAAGCCCAACAGCUGGCUUGGGGAAAGCUCCGUGGGCAUCAGUGACCUCAUCAAUGUUGCCAGCCUUUCAGUAGAUGGCCAGGUUUGCACAGCUAAUAGAGUUGGGGACUAUUAUUACUAAUAAUGGGUGGCCUCGAUUUGAAGCCCUCCCUCCUCCGGAGGAGGAAAAAAAAGGAAGCGCGGGCACUCCCAGCCACGUGCAUUAUCGUAUUUUAAAAGUCCUCCAAGAGACAACUCCCGUUUGAAAGAUAACUCGGGAGGGGGGAUUAAUCUUCCGUUCAGGUUAAUGCAGUCAUAACUUUUUUAAAAAAGGGGGGGGGGGACUUCGUCCUGAAUGAAUGCACAAUUUAGAUCAGGUUGGACAGGCGCCCGAAGACGAAUGUGUGUCAAGGGCGGUAGCAGCCGCGCUGGCCCUUCAAGAGAAACCAAGCCCAGCUUUGCGCAGACCUCGAACCCAACCCGGGGAGCGCAGCAGCCAACGCGAAGCUGGAGACCGGCGGCGGCGGCGCUGCUCCCGCCGCCCCGCCUUUCCUCUCCUUUCUUCCACCGGGGAGGAGUUUUCCGUAAGCAGCGGGCGUGAGCAUUUAAAAGGAAGGGCGGCGACAAGCCGCACAAAAGAUUGCUAUAGGCUUAAGGCGAGGUUGCAGCGGAGGCAACGGGAGGGAAAAGGGCGGCGUGGGGAGGGGGGGGUGAGCCAGGCAGGCAAGCAAGCAGGCGCGUCGGCUAGAGCGCACGGCCGCCCGCCCUUCCCAACCCUGCAGCAGCCAAGGCAUCCCGGCCGGGCGGUGGCAGCCACCGCAGAAGCGGGCGCCGCUUAGCAGCCAUCCCUCCCCCACUUUUUAAAACAAAGUUGGGAAGUCCGGAGAGCCCCCUCCCCAAGCCCGCUCCUCCCCGCAGAUAGGAAGUGUUGCUUUCCGGCCUCGGAGUCCUCCACCCUUCUGGAAGUCGGGGCGUCCUCCAAGGGGGAAGGAAAGCUCGGCCAUGGCCGGAGGAGGGGACCGAAGCCGGCGAGGAUCCCGUCCCCAGGGAGUCCCCGGACAGCCCUCCACCUGACCGGCGAGGCGAGGCCGAAGUUCUCCGCCCGCCAAGCGGAUGCGCCAACGCCUUGGAGGCCGCCGGAGAUGCGUCUUCCCGGAAACGGGGGAGCCAAGUGGGUGGCGUGAUCGGGCCAAAAGAGGCGAGAAACGGCCCAGAGGAUUCCGGGUUGGCGAAGGAAGGAAAGGUGGCCGCCGAGCAAGAGGCGCUGCCUCUCCCGCCCGCUGCGCCGCGUCUUCCCCCGGACGCCCGUGUCCUCCUUUGCUCCGGAGGUCUGCGUCGCGGCGGCGGCGGCGGCUGGGUUCUUCCUCGCCUCUCUCGGAAAGAAAAGUCAGCCGGAGCCGCGAAGAUGCCCUUAAAGAACCGAGGCUUUGAGGGUCCCAUGAGCCAGUGGCGGCCACCGCAGCGUUUCUCAUCCGCAGGCUGGAUGUUGUGACCGGUGUCUGGAGUGGUGGCACCUUUGGAAGGUGGCGGGGACCCUGGUCGCUUCUGCCCUGCUUGAUCCCGACUUGGUGGUGGGUCUGCCAGCCCCUUUUCUUCCCCUCUGGUGCUCCAAGAGACUCUGGUUUAUUUGUGCAGAUUAAUGGAAUGAUGGUGCGGAAAGGGCAGAGCGAUCCUGCCGGGCUCAGCGGGGGCUCCUCAGGAGGCAGCUGGAAGCAGAGUGGUGGCAGCAGUGGGGUCCCCAGAGGCAUGCGUGUGCCCCUCCGGCACCAUGGCUAGCGGCGGCUCUGGCAAGUCCACUACUGAGACAUCCACCCCCAGCGGCAGCUCUUUGCCAAGGAGGAAGCUUGUGGCCACCUGUGACCUCUGCAAGAUCAAGAUGCAACUGGUAGCGGAUCUGCUCCUGCUAACCAGCGAGAGCCGGCCUGUCCAUACAGAGAGCUUGUCCGUCUUCGGAGAAUCCUUUGAAAAGUGCAGGGACACCAUCAUCGCCAGGACCAAAGGCCUCUCCAUUUUGACCCAUGACGUCCAGAGCCAACUCAACAUGGGCCGUUUUGCCGAGGUGGGGGACAUCCUGGGGGAGAUGGGGGACUUGGUAGUCUCUUUGACAGAGUGCUCGGCCCACGCCGCUUACCUCGCGGCAGUGGAGACGCCAGGGGCUCAGCCGGCUUUACCCGGCUUGGUGGAUCGCUACAAGGUGACCAGAUGUAAGCACGAAGUGGAACACGGGUGUGGGAUCUUGAAGACCACCCCUCUGGUUGACCUAAGCCCUCAGCUCCUUUUGGAGGUCUCUCAGAACAUGUCCAAGAACUUGAAGUUCCUGACCGAUGCCUGCGUCCUGGCCAGUGAGAAGUCCAAGGAUAGAUUUGCCAAGGAGCAGUUCAAGCUUAGCGUCAAAUGUAUGAGCACCAGCGCUUCUGCACUCCUGGCCUGCGUCCGGGAGGUCAAGACAUCCCCCAGCGAGCUGACACGCAACCGGUGCGUCUUGUUUAGUGGACCUUUGGUGCAGUCUGUGUGUGCGUUGGUGGGCUUUGCCACAGAGCCUCAGUUUUUGGGCAGAGCGGCCACCAUCAACCCAGAGGGGAAAGCUGUGCAGACGGCCAUUUUGGGCGGUGCGAUGAGUGUCGUCUCGGCGUGCGUGCUCCUUACUCAAUGCCUCAGGGAUAUAGCCCAACACAAUGACAGUAGCACCAAGAUGACUGAAUACAGGGAAAGGUUGAGGAACUCGGCGUGCGCGGUCUCCGAUGGCUGCAACCUGUUAUCUCAGGCCCUAAGGGAACGCUCGUCACCCCGGACUUUACCGCCACCAAAUGCAAAUUCUGUGAAUUAAUCUAUUCAUUUUUAGAUUGCAUGGCCGCCUCUAACAUAAAGAUACAACAUCCCUUUCCUGCCCCAGAUUUUCUUUUCGUAUACCAAAGAAUUUGUGUAGCGCAGUCCUUUAAUUCUUCUUAUUGCUAAAGUAACAGUGUGAGGAGGCUGUGAGACCAUGCUUUUAUGUCAUAAUCGGCAUGGAUGUUUUACCUGGGGAAAGGGAACAGGAAGCACAUUCCCCUCCCUCCCAAAUCUUUAAAUCAUCCGAGCAGCCUUAUAUGUAAGCGAACUGCAGGCAGCUUGCAAUGGUCUAAGACAGGCAGGUAGAAUUCCAUUCAGGCAAGGGAGCAAAGGAAAACCUGCAAUACGCACUUCCUUCUGCUUGGCCCAAAAUCAAGGUCAGUUCUUGGAGGACAAGGCUCUCCCCUCUCGUAGGCCUUGUGCAAAAUUAUUUAAAUUCCCUGUUCUAUUGCCGGCUUCCAGAAGGCUCCUAGGACCUUGCCCAGGCUAGUCCCUUUGGAAUGGUUCCUUAAGGCUUGCAUCCAAGCUGGUUCUGCUUCAUUGCUUCCUUAUUUUGUUAAAGUCUGUGGUCAAGCAGGGGUUACAGUAAUCCUAGGAAAGGUUUACUGACGGGGGUCCAAGCUUUAAUCGUGCUGGAUGCGAUUUUUAAAAUGUCAGGAGAUAGGGGUUUGUGGGAGGAGGGUGGUUCUACCAAAAUCUCCUAGAUUUUAUUGCUUAGUUGAGCAGGAAGAAGAAAAAAGGAGAGAGAGAGAGAGAGAGAAAAAAAAGUUACCUCAGUUUUUCAUACAGUCUGGAAGAAAGAAAACUUUUAAGAAUGGGUGUAGCUACGAUUAUUGUUUUGUAUGGUUACUUUUGAAUCAAGUGAUGGGUUAGAAGUGCAUUUGCAGGGAAAGCUGGGUGUCAUUUUCCAAUGGGGGGGGGGGGGGGAAGCUACUGUGAGUGUGUUAAAAUAGGGAUUGGGUAAAUUACACUAUAACAAUGAGUGAUUUUGAUUUUUAAUUAUUAUUUUUUCAGUGUUUUUUUUUAAUCUUGCAUGUACUGGAGUAUUUAUUUCAUCUAUUAAAAUGUUGUUUCUCA